AGGAUAUCCCGGGAGCUACUCAUUGAGAUAUCCGUGGGAUCGCCUUCGUCUGUCUGGGAUAAUUUGGAAUAUCCUCAGGAUAAAGUGCUGUGUGGGAUAUUUUUAAUAAUAUAUAUACAUUUCUACAAAUUGCUACUAUAUUAUUAACCUCAAAAUAAUUGCAUGCAGUAUGAUUCUUUAUUCUAAUUGUUAGUUAUUACAUUAAACCAUCAUAGAGAUAUAUCUCUAUGCAUUAAACACGUCAGAACAUAAUUAACAUUAAUUCCAUAAAACUUUUUGUUAAUAACCUUUUAAUAAAUAUUGACCGACGGCUGUAACCUUUUGAAUGUUAUAAAAUACUCAUGGACAUGAAAUCUUAAUUAGUAUUAUAUUAUAUAAAAGUCACUCGUAGUGGCUUUGUUUAAAUAAUAAUAUAUGCAAUUAUCACUUAUUGAAUUUCACAUUCCUUAAUGUCGAAAUAAGUAAUAAAGUAAUUUGUAAUUAACUAUUAUUACUAAAAAUCUCAAAUUUUCUUUUAUAUUAUUCUGUAUAUCUGUACAUUUGUAUAUUUGUUCUGUGAUCAAUAUUAAAGUAUAAGGAUGGUGUAAAAUUAACAAUUGGUUACAGAUGUUUUAUGUCGUUCAUGUUGAUGAUUGGUUUCAAACGAUCCCAGAUAAUUGGGUAAAUAAAAUAAAUAAAACUAUCCAUUGGCCUACUGAAAAGAAUGCCAUGCUUACAAUGUGGAUAAAAAAAAGGUACCAUACAAAUCGGAUUGGAAGAUACACGUUUGUUUGUUUGGACCAUUCGAAAGCUAUCAGGAUUCCAAAAAUUUUGAGCAGCAAUGUACAGGAUACUCUUCUCAGGACGAAAUAUUGUAUGAACAAUACACAAGUCAUAAUAAGUCGUCGCUGCCCCAAAAACGAAAGCGAAAAAAAAUCCAAAAUACGACGAAACUAGUAGUUGUAAUAGUAUUGAGGAAUCCUCAGAAUCCGAACGUAAUGUUAUGCAUGUAGAAUAUGUAUGUGUAUCGACGUUAGUUUUUCAAUCGUCAAAAAACGUUUCAAUCGCACGAAUGAGAUUAUAAAAAUUAAUAAUAUCAAUGUAAAGUAUAAAUUAAUAUCUAAUAAUUGAUGCGUUAGUACACGCGCAAUUAUUUAAUAUUAGUCUUAAACUUUAAGACUUUUGUAAAAUUUCAUUUUUGUAUUUUGUAACCCUUAAAUGUCUGUACCAGUUGUUAUUUUAAUAUUGAUUGAAUAUUUUUAUCAAAUUGAUCAAAUAUUAAUUAAAUUGGGUACAAUUGUUUUUUUUCUCAAUUUGUUGUAAGAAUUUCUAUGUUGUCAUUUUAUUAUUUUAUAUAAUUCCAUAUCAAUAUUUUGAAUUAUAUAAUAAUAGAUUUAAUGACAUUAUC